AUGCCCUGGCUGAUGAAGGCCGAGCCGGACUCUCGAAUAGUCAAAGGCAAAGAUGUAAAAUUCUCGGUCGAUGACUUUGAAGCUAUGGGUGUCUCGCAGUGGGACGGUGUGCGUAGCCAUGAGGCGAGGAACAUCAUGCGGGACAAGAUGAAGCUUGGGGACAAGGUGCUGUUCUACCACAGCAACACCAAGGUCCCAGGGGUAUUCGCAAUCGCCGAGGUAGCGAGAGAGGGAUAUCCAGACUGGUCGGCAUGGGAUCCCUCACAUCCCUACUUUGACGCGAAGACGGACAAAGACAACCCCACAUGGAUGAUGGUCGAUGUCAAAUUCGUCCAGCGGCUAUCGCAUCCGCCAACCUUGGCGCUCAUCAAGCAUCUCGCUUCUGUGCAGAACUUACCGGAGUGCGUGGAGUAUAUCGGACAGGAUGGGCUGAAGGCGGUCCAGGCUAUGCAGCUCGUCAAUCGGGGCAGACUGAGUGUACAGCCGGUAGAGCCAGAGGCGUAUGAUGCGGUAUUGCUGCUUGGAACGAGAGGUGGAUGGGACGAUCUUGUCGAGAAGAAGGGAAAGAGCAGGAAGGGGAAGGCGAAGGAGGAAGUUGAGGAGGAAGAGGAUGGGGAAGCAAAGGAGAAGCCGGCGAAAGUGAAGAAGGCGCCGAAAGCGGACAAGAAGAGGCCAGUCAAGGUGAUUAAGGCAAAAAGGGACGAGCGGAGCAAGACAUCACCGUUGACCGACGACCCAUCUCCAGACGGUCAUAUACCGGCGGAAACACCACGGCGGAGCAAGCGGGCAAAGAGGUAA